CGCGAAUCCGGCACUCGGCAGUAUUCCCGCGGUGCUCGGCGCGGACAGGCGUACGGAUAUGCGAGAGGCGGCUGUAAGAAUGGCCGAACUCGAGUUCGAGGCGCCGCUCGCGCAAGUCGAGGAGGCGGACGACUGCAUCACCACCUCAGACUUCCCCCAAAAGACCAUCAACGGAAACGACAUCCGUCUCAAUAACAUCAACAAUCUCAAGAACGAGAUGGUCAAAAUGAAAACUGACUCCAAUAAAAUUAAUGACAACGACGAACCGAAGCCGGUGAAGUGUAAACAGGACAAUUUGCAGCAAGGCGAAGGUGACAAUUUCACUGAGACUUUCUCGGGUUCGCUGGAGGAUUUGGUGAAUACUUUCGACGAGAAGAUAACCAAGUGCUUCGGGAAUUACGAGGAAAGUGUGGAGAAGCUAGCGCCGGUGCAGGUUCGCUCGCAGGAGGAGAUCAUGAACGAGUGCCAAAUGUGGUGGACAAUCACAGGCAACUUUGGCAACAUUCUGCCCAUCGACUGGACCAAAUCCUUCUCACGGAAAAUGCACAUCCCUACGCUCAGCUUGAGUGACAAAAAGGGUGCGAUGACCCCCGACGACGAGAUCCACAGCUCGGAGGACGAGGCCGUGGCGUCCGACCUGGACAUGCACGCACUCAUCCUGGGCGGACUGCACCAGGACCACGAGUGUCCUGUCAAGACUGCUGACGAGGUGAUCCAGGAGAUCGACGACAUGAUGCAGGAGACGCCGUCGUCGGAGGGCGACCUGCUGGAGUACAAUGAGGCGCUGGAGAAGGGCAAGGAGGUGCUCAGCUCACCGCUCUAUGAGGACAAACUACGUCAAUUGUCUCUGUCCCAACUGAACGAGAUCUUCAUGGAGCUGGAGGUCCUCAUCCGGGAGUUCUCGGAGACGCUCAUAGCGGAACUGGCGCUGCGAGAUGAGCUGGAGUAUGAGAAGGAGCUGAAGAACACGUUCAUCUCGCUGCUGCUGGCCGUCCAGAACAAGCGGCGGCAGUACCACAUAGAGAGGAAGAAGAGACCCGCCCCGCCGCGCUCCCCCAACCUCAAUCAUAGCCAUAACGAGUCUAAGUAUCUGACCACGGUGAUUCCUUUCCACCUGGAGAACGGCCCGCCAGACAAUCAGUCGCUACAAGUGCUCAUUAAGAUUCUGAAGGCCAUCAACGAAGACAGUCCCACCGUACCUACACUACUGACGGAUUACAUACUCAAAGUCCUCUGUCCAACAUAAACUAUUUAAUAUAACCUAGCUAAAUACACGCGUCACUACAUUAUACUGUAAUUAAACAUUGGGCGCUUAGAAUAACUUCAAACGUACGAAUUUCAAAUAAAUAAUAGAGAUAUGGAUGACACUUGGCAGAAUUAAGCUUUGGCUGGUUGCAAAAAGAAAAUUGGUACGUAUACCUUUUCUCUCUGUCUUCCAUAUUCAUUUAGACAGAGACAGCUAUAUCAGUGUUGCUAUGUUUUUGGGCAUUCAAAUCAAGUUCCUGAUGUUUUAAGUUAUUCUAAGCGCCGGUUUUUAAUUAAUUGUCUAUAAGAGUGUUUUAAACAGUAAUUGUUAAUUUGUUAAAGAACAGUUAGCUAUUUCUUAAUUCUAAAACAGGAGAUUGUUACGUUAAUUCAAGUUUAAAUUAUUGAUUGAAAGAACAGCGAUUUUUAAAUAAAAAUAUAUUAGGUUUUUGGGGACUAACCUGCUUUUUCCAAUAAUGUUACAUUCUAAAAGUUUAUGGAUAUAGCAGAAGGGACCUUUCAUUUUAGAAUUAGUGAUGUAAAACUUAUUCGAAUAUAUUUUGUCAUAAUCACCGGUUUAAUUUCAACAUUGGUGAAAAACCUAAGCGCCAAGUAUAUUUGAAUAAGAUAAAUCAUUUUGCAAAAUCGAAUCAAAUUGGCUAAAAUUAAGUACGUAGUUUUAUAUCAAAUCAUUGUUUAAAUACAAAUCAUAAAUCGUGCACGCUAAAUUUUUGACUAAGCGCCAUUUUAGAAAAUUCGUACUGUGUUGCCAUUACAAAAGUUAGUGAUGUCCUGUUGCGAUGCCAUAUCGAUAUUUUUAAUGUUUUAGAAAUUUUGGGGUAAACAUUUUUUUAAAGUAUUCUAAUUGAAGAUUAAAUUAUUUUGAACAUACAAAAGGGAUAAAUUCCUAAGUAUUUAUCAGCCAAUAAUUCUUAUGUAAUGUAAAAUGUUUAACCCCUUUUAAAUUAUUAUCUGUAGGCAUUCUUUGGCGUUCUUUAUUAUAAUACUUUUGCAUAAAUGAACUGUGAUAUCAUGUAAAUGUACUUUGUUAAUUAUUAUUACUUCCUUUAAGAUUUUUUUGCUGUAAACAAAUUUAAGUAGAUGUUUAUUUUAAUAUUAUUCUUUAGCGAUUCUGGCUUCGAUCGAUUUGAUGUAAAUAGCGAAAUAAAAUGGAAUUGUCACAAAAAUAUUUACAUAAAAAGUGCUAAAGAUUUUUGUAAAUAUGCGCUUCUUAUUUUAUGAUUCUUUAUGCAGGGCUUUAGAUAUUCACUCAAUAACGAAUUCAUGUAGCGGUAGGAUCUAGUAUAAUCGAUCAUUAUAUCUCUUCAGUGUUUAAAACUUUAAAAAUAUUAUAAAAAUAGUAAAUUACCUAUUCCUCACACACCUUCUAUAGUGCCUGAAGAAUUAUAUAAAAAAUUAAAUAUGACAUUUUGUUAAAAAUUAUUAUAUUCGUGCAAUAGUGUUACGAUAAGUUUUGUAAAGGGAUGCUAAAUACAUUUGUCGAUAAACAGGAUGUAUAAUAUGACAUAGGUACAUCGUAUGACAUAGCCAUGCUAACAAUAGCGCGAGAGAGAGAGCUGCUAUUUGUGUCUUGUUCUACACGCGAAUGUGCAUAGCAUCCUUACUAGAAUUGACGCUGUGAAGUUGUGUACGGUGCAAUCGCAACUCACUAGCGCGAACUUCACUGCCGUGUCGUGUCUACUUUCGGCUUCUUCUUGUCACAGCACUAGUAAAUCAUAUUUAACGAUAGAUAGACGUAAAUUAAAUGUAAGUUUUAUUUCUAGUCUUACAUUUUAAGUAAUUUUAUUUGUAAGUUCAAAAAUGUCAGAUAAUUCGACUAAUAAAAUUAACUAUUAAACUAUUUUAGUUAUUAUUAUGGCUUCACACAGCUGUAAUUCUUAAAAUGUUGUACAAAGUAUUGUUACUUGUUGGCCAUUUAAAAUAAUAAUUUAUGAAUUAUGAUCUCCCUAAAUAUAAAUUGACCAAUCAAAACAAGGGUAAUAAUAUCAUACCAAAGCUAAGCGAGUAUUUUGCGCGCGUCUGUCAAUGUGACAUACAGCUGUGUGUUGCCAGUUACAAAUAAAAUCAUUAAUUUAAUAAAUGUAAAUAUAUCAAAUGAAUUAACGCGCGUAUGAAGUCGUGCUUUAGUAUCGUGAUGUGCGUGAAUUUAAUUAUUAUCUAUAAUUAAAAUUAUUUUAACAAAAAGUGUAUUAUAAAUUUAAAUUGCAUGGAUAUGUUGGUCGUAUAAAUCGAUUUUAAAUGACACAUUUAUAUACUCCGUUAGAGUCGAUGUGAAGCUUUUGUCGCACAUUUUAAAUUUUCAUGUAGCAACACCAUUUGUAAUGUAGGACGAAUUUCAGGACGAAGACUGUUUAGACCUCGGAGCACUAAGUGUUGUCUAAGCGACGUGUGGUUAAUGCGACGUGUGGUUAAUGGUCGAAAUAAAGAGCUUGAAGUAAA